CACACUCCUAACUCUCAUUACGUGCAAUCAACUAAAAUCUCUCUCUCUCUCUCUCUCUCUCUCUCUCAAGAAAUGGGUGGAUCGGUGUCAAGUCCUGGUGGGAGCCUGAAGAAGAGUGAGUGUGGUGUUGGGCCAACGAAAAUGCUACUAAAGGUGACCGUGGAGAAUAGCUUGGGAGCAAUUCAGGUGCUGAUGCGCCCCGAAGACACCGUCGCCGAUUUGAUUAAGGCAGUCUUGUCCAUUUAUGCCUACGAGAAGAGAAGGCCACCCUUGAAGGACACUCCUCCUCACUCCUACGACCUUCACUACUCUCCCUUCACCCUCCAAAGUUUGAAUCCAAAUGACAAGUUGAAAAACCUCGGUUCAAGGAAUUUCUUUCUCUGUUCCAGACCUCCUACCUUUUAAUUCUGGCUAAUUAACGGACGCCCAUUCAUUCGUUGAUUCAUUCUUGCAUGCAUUUCCCAACAGUUUAUUUUAAUUAUUGCAUUCCUUUUUUACGAUCAUUGUGUAUACUAGUGUAUGUAAUCAUAUUGCAAUGUUGGCAUGUCGUCAUGAAACUAUGGACAAACUUCUAGAGAGAGUGCACUUUUCUGUGCUUCCCUUAUUUUAAAUUAUCUUUGUGAGUUUGGUCAAGUUUUGGAUACGUGCGUGGAGGUAUGUCUGAAUACAUCAAGUAAGUACUAUCUAGUAGUGCAACGUUGAAUGGCUUUGUUGUAUAUAUGUGCAUUGCUCCUGUCUUACAGAAUUUAAAAUACAAUGUAGGAGUAAUUUAUUUGAGUGUAUGUGUCUAUUAGUAUAGUCGUCGACAUGCACUGGCAGAGUCAAAUUUUUCAUAUUUUCUUCAAAAUAUUUCUUGCAAGCUUUGAAUCUCAUACUCUCAUCACCACCGAAUGUAACAUCUGGCCAUGAUUGAUUUAUUUUUUUGUCCUGUUGUCUUGUCUUAUUCUUUGUUCCUUCAACCAUUCUAUUCUUUUUAAUUUUUAAGAUUUUUAUACAUACAUGAUAUCGUUAAUAUCGUUAAUUUCUCAAAUAAAAAAUUUUAAAAAGAAUAAAAUUUAUUA